AUGACCGAGUCCCACAAUUUCAUUGUUGGCACAUUCAACACCCCUCACCUAUAUACACUAUCCUUUGUGGCACCAUCCACUCUCUCAAUUGUCGCAAAGCAUCCAGCAGUGGGCUCACAUUCUUGGCUCCACCUGAACGAAUCCAAGACAAAUCUCUAUGCGACUGCCUGGACUGAGCCUCCCUCGGUCGUUGCAUACACCAUCUCGGAUGCAGCCGGGAGGUCCGUCAAGCAGAUCUCUCUUGCCCCGACUGCCACCAGGUCAGGAUAUGUGACCGCCACAUCCACAGCCCUGUACUCUGCUGGUGGCCCCUCCGGCGAGGUCUUUUCGCUCGACUCAGAGACUGGCGAGAUCAUCAGCCCAUUAGACCACAUCAACGGCCACGCAAAUGGGGUCAACGGCACCAAAUCCGCUAUCCUUCCACUACAGAAACUGAACUUCCUUGAUGGCCAAGAAGGAAACACGGCAAACGGCGUUUUGGACUUUGGUGGGCUCAGACACGGCGCUCAUAGCGCUGAUCUCUCGCCGGACAACAAGGCACUUUACGUUGCGGACAUCGGGCGGAACUGUAUCUGGACAUAUGCCGUGUCAGAGGAUGGAUCACUCACACUAGGCGAGAAGCACAUCUCUCCGCGCAAGGAUGACGGACCUCGACACGUCUGGCCACAUCCAACUGGGAAGCACGUGUAUUGUCUGCAGGAGCACACCUCGAUUGUUGAUGUCUUUGAAACAUCGCAAGGUGGUACGAUCCUAAAGCACGUCCAAGGUGUCAAGAUCAUACCCGCAGAGAUGUCUCCCAAGCUUUUCUGGGCCGAUGAGGUGCGUACAUCGUUUUCGAGCGGCAGUCAACCAAAGUACAUGUACGCUUCGACCCGUGGCUUGGAGGCUGAAACGAAGGGCUACCUGGCGGUGUUCGCGCUGACAGAGGAGGGGUUAGUAGAUGAGAAGCAGGGGGACAAAGGUCUGCUGGAUAUGUGGCAGACGCCAACGAGCGGUGGGUGGGCAAACGCUGUUCAACCUGGACCCACAGUAGAUGGCAUGGAGUAUCUGGCAUUGACCGACAGUGAAGAGGGCCUUGUGAUGGUGUGCAGCUGGGAUGGGCAGACCAUCCGGGAAUGCGCACGAGUGAAGCUGCAAGGCGGCACAGAGGGCAAGGUGGAGGGCGCAGCGACUGCUGUUUGGCUGUCUUGA